UACGAUUUCAGCCGGUUACAAAUAUUCUUUUAGGUAGUUCUAUUCUGUAGAUUGUAAGAAGACAAUGUAGAAGAACGUUUCCAUUCUGUAGUGUCUACUACUUAGAGAACUUGCUGCUUAACGAAGACACACGUAGAGUUUCCGGCGUAAGUAAAUAUAAGUUGGUGCCUGAAAUUCGGCAUUGCUCUUCGGCUUUGUUUCAUGUGUUUAACACCCAAACACGGAGUACUGUACUUUAUGCUCGGCAAUCAACGUUUUCUCGACGAGGAUACAAACAGAAAACAAAGAAACGUUUCAACUUUGAAAAUAAAGAAUAAAAAUUGACAGUAACGUUUUAGACCAAAAUCAUUAAUCAUGAAGUGUGAUAAAGAGAAAUUUUACGCAGUUAAUCGAUAUUUAUCUUCGAGUUUUCGUCACCUCGGACGGCUGAUUGGACGUCAUCCAUUGUAUUUUGUGAUAAUUCCGUUUCUAUUCACUACACUCGCAGCUUUCGGUUUACUUAGGCUGCAAGUUAAUAACGAUACGGAAUAUUUAUUUCUUCCACCAUACGGAAGAACGUUGAAAGCCAGAUCAGAUAUUGAGAAGUUAUUUCCGGAAAAUGCUACAGACUUUGAUUUUACACGAAUGACAAGAUAUAAAGGAUUAAACAUUAUUAUAGCCACACGUAAAGAUGAAGGAACAAUGAUGCGUGAAUACGUAUUUGAUGAAUUGCAAAUGCUGAACGAAAAGAUUCUUAAUGCAAAAAUAAAAUGGAAUGGACAAAAUAUAACGUAUUCCGAUGUUUGUAUGAGAUCGGAAGGAGAGUGUUACCAAAAUAAUAUAUUGUCUUUAAAGACGAAAUUUAAAGAUGUCAAAAAAAAUAGGAUGAAAAUUAAGUAUCCGCUGGAGAUGAAUUCGUCGCAUAUUAACAUGGAUGCUAUUGAUUUAGGAGGGGUUUCAACUGACGAAAACUGUUUUAUAACAGAGUUUAAAGCGGUUCGUUUACUCUAUUUCGUCGACUACCAUAAUUCCAGCAAACAGGAUUUUGCAAAUAAAUUGGAAGAAGAAAUUUUUAAAAUAGUUUCUCAAAAUUCCUUCCAUCAUAUCCGCGUAUCAUUACUGAAUAGUGUUAGUAUCGACAGCGAAAUUGAUAAUAUAUUUGAAAAUAUUGUAUGGCAUAUUAUUAUUGGUGGAACAUCUAUGAUAACAUUUGUAAGUGUAACGUGUCUGACGAAGGACUGGGUGACAAGUAAACCGCUUAUUGGUAUUUCCGGUUGUAUUUCAUCUACGUUUGCUGUAAUAACUGCUUCUGGUCUGUUGCUCCUCUGCGGCAUGAAAUACACCGGAGGCAAUACGAUUAUUCCGUUUAUAGUUGUAGGUAUCGGACUGGAUGACUCAUUUGUUCUGUUAGCUGCUUGGAGAAAAACCAACCCCAAAGAUUCUGUUGAAAAGAGAAUGAGUGAAACGUACUCCGAGGCUACCAUAUCGAUUACCAUAACGUCUUUGACUAACGUUGCGUGUUCGUUAAUUGCGUUAACUACCCCAUUUAGAAUUCUGCAUAUAAUUGGAAGUUACAUGGCUUUAAGUAUUUUCAUAGAUUACAUCUAUCAAGUUACAUUCUUCGGCGGACUUCUUGCACUGGAUGGUUAUCGUGAAGCCAAGAAAUUGCAUGCAAUACUCUUCGUUCGUGUUAAUUUGAACGAAAGACCAUCAGGUUUUCUGGGAUUUAUAAAGUAUGGCUGUUAUUCGAGUAUAAAUAACGAAAACAACGCAACAAUGACUUGUUACAAAAACCAUUUAGCAAAGAUUCUAACGUUUCCAAUUGUAAAAGCAUCUAUUAUUGUUGUUUUUCUCUUGUAUCUCGCUGGAGGAAUCUAUUUCACGAAAUAUAUACAGUCCUCUACAGGAACCGACAGAUCAUUUAACGACAAUUCCAAUAUACUAAACUUCUUUCGUAAUGAAAAUACAUUCUAUUCGCAAUAUCGCGAUAGAAUCCAGAUAAUUGUUACAUCAUCAUUGGACUACUCCAAUCCAAACAUUCAGAAUAAUCUAGAGAAAUUAACGACAGAACUGGAGAAUUCUCCUCAUAUGGCCGGAAGUAAUUUCACGGAAUCGUGGCUGAGAAUUUAUCUGAAGUUCAUUAAAAACCCACAGUUUUGGAUUUCUCUCAGAGGAUACAAUUUGAGUCUACCCGAAGACUUCACCGAUGCUUUACGCGAAGUAUUUCUUAAAUUCAAGUGGGCCAAACGUUUUAACAAGGACAUUGUCUUCAGUGAAGAUGGCACUAAAAUAUUAGCUUCCAGAUUUUUUAUUCAGACGAAACUGGUUGAUAAUUUGCAGAAAGACAAUGAAGUUUUUAUUAAUCUCUGGAAUGUAAUAGAUAAAUAUAAUCUUCCGGUAAAGUGCUACAACUAUCGAUAUAUUUUCUUUGAUUAUAUAAUUAACGCAGUUCCUACAACAACUCAAUCAAUAGUCGUUAGUUCUUGCGUAGUGAUUUUGAUAUUUAUCAUUUUGAUACCAAAUUUGUUUUGUGCAUUUUGUAUUGCGCUCACAAUAGCUUGUAUUGAAGUAAUAACUAUAGGAUAUAUGUCCGUAUGGGAUGUUACAUUCCAUCCAAUAGUGACAGUUUUUUUAAUAGUGAUCACCGGAUUUUGUACGGAUUACGCAGCUCAUAUAUCGUACGCAUACGCAAAGAGUAAAGGAAAGAAUCCGAAUGAAAAACUGCGAGAUUGUUUGGAUACUGUUGGUCACGCGAUUGUGCAAGGUUGUCUUUCAUCACUUUUGAGCGUUUCUAUGUUAAUAUUCACUCCGUAUGGAUUUUUGAAAGAUAUGUAUAAAAUAUUUAUCGUAUUUAUUGUUUCUUCCAUAAUUCAAGGGUUGUGUAUACUUCCAGUUAUGCUCUCAUUGUGGGACAGUUUAUUGUUAUUAUUAUGUAAAAGUGAUGAAAGGCGUUCUAACGAAGAGUUUUCGGAUCGUCCGAAUACGAAUGAAAAGUUGUUAAAAUAAAUAAUAAUUAUUUAGUCGUACUUGAAAAAGUGCUUGAGGAAUAAAAUAAUUUAGAAAUUUCCUUAAUCAAUUCUAUAUUGUAAGGUUAUUAUGGUUUUGCUGUAAUGAGCGUUUUAACAGAAACAAACUUCUUACGAAAAUAAAAAUGAAUUGGUAUAUUCCAAUGAGAUCAACUACAUUACUUAAAACGUUAGAAAUCUCAGAAACGUUAAAUAUUCUAUGCAUUACAAAGCGUUAAUUUGUGAGCAUUGUUCCAUCGUGUAAUUUAACCUCCGUCUACGUAUUUUAAAAAAUGUUUAUUAAUUUGUUUUGAUUGUUUUUAUUUGUUCUUAAAUACAGAUUAUUGUUUACUGAAAUUUUAAAUACUAUAUUCUGUUGCUUAAACGAUAAAUAAUAACUGAUCUGAUGGCCACUGUAUUUAUAGAUUAACAAAGAAUUUCCUGAUACCUUGCAGUUUUUUAAAAGAAAACCUGUGCAUAUUUUAUCUGCGAAUUAAUAAUUUAAAAGAAAAACCAUUCGUAUUAAUUUAAGUUAUAUUAACCUUCUUUAAAACUGCACUCGGCUCAGAGUGUCACGUGGUUUAUAACAUCACGUCACAAGUAUAAGUUCAGAUAUCUCGCGAAGGUCACGUUUAACGUCAUACUCCUUUGGAAUUUAUUGGUCAUUUACGGGGUGGAAACGGGUUAAUAUACAUACAGUUUAACUUUAUUAUACAAAAGACAAUUAUGACUUUCUAACUUAUAAAUUUCGUACGAAACAAAAUAUUAUAUUUCAUGACGUUUACUGUAUAUUAUAUAAAGCGUAAUAGUUUUAUACAGAUUUGUUGCAUAUAAAUGACCUACAUUCUAAAAUUAUGAACCUAUAUUUCCUGUAUUUGAAUGUAGAGUAAAAUCGAAACUACUUUUUUUGAUUUAUUUUAUUAAAGUUUAUUAUGACUUCUAAAUACGUUACAAUAUCAGCUACAUGCUGUAAUAUUUAUACAGUAAAAAUCUUUUUCCGUACAUGUGAUAUUACCUUUUGGGUGAACAUUUUCACCACUUUAAAUUACAUCUAGCUCACAACCCCUCUUGUUCAGUAUUUACAGGUUUUAUUUACAUUAUAUACAUAU